GUGGUUUGUAUAUCAGUAUUUGGGGACACUUCGGAAUCACCGACACUGGCAUGAAGAACCAUGAUUGUGACGUCUUUUUCACGUAUGCGUCAUCUUCAGUCGACAUACAUGGUUUCGGCAGCAACAGAAAGAGAGGAAGCGGUCCGUGAACCGCUCAUCAGUAUGGCGGCAGGGACGCUGCAGGAGCUUGUAUCCGCCGCUGCCUCUGUGCACUCUGACAGGACAGCUGUGACAUAUUAUGAUGACCAGUCGGUGUCUCUGCUGUACAGAGAUGUGCUUAAACUCGCCGGUGAACUGUCUGAUAUUUUUCGGGAGAGCUGCUCUCCCAGUAACGGCGUUAUCGGGCUGUAUUGUAGUGAUGACUUGUUGGUCCCUGUGUGGAUCCUGGGGAUCCUGCAGUCUCCUGCUGCCUAUGUCCCACUGGACCCAGAAGCUCCAGGACUUCUCUCUGCCAGAGUCAUGAACCUGUGCGGCCUCAAAUAUUGUGCUGUGAAGACUGACCUCCUGCAGCGUUUCCAGACAGCUCUCGUCAAACACAUAUCUGCGGAGGUGUGUGUGGUGUUGCCCAAGUUUAAACUUACCCUGAUUCGUGUCAAACUGCUGCCAGUCGCUGCCCACAAACCAGAGACACAACAAAGUGUAGCCCAGAAGGCAGAUGGUGCUGACCUCUGUGGUACAGCUGUGGUGGAAAAGGCCUCUGGGCACAGGGACUUGGCAUAUGUGCUGCACACAUCUGGAACAACUGGCUUUCCUAAGAUUGUAAGGGUACCACACAAGUGUAUACUCCCCAAUAUACUACAUCUGAGAUCGUUGUUCCAGAUGAGUGCAGAUGAUGUGGUUUUCCUGGCUUCACCCUUAACCUUUGACCCCUCUGUGGUGGAUAUUUUCCUGGCCUUAUCAUCUGGGGCACAGCUCCUCAUUAUCCCAUCUGUGAUCAAGAAAGUGCCAAAUAGACUGGCUCAAGUGCUGUUCAAGAAUCACAAGACGACCGUCCUACAGGUCACACCCACUCUACUCAGCCGCUUCGGGCAUCGUAUCCUAAAACAGGAGGUGCUGUCUUCAGUCUCUUCGCUGCGGGUGUUGGCUCUGGGUGGAGAGGCCUGUCCCUCGCCAGCUCUGCUGAGGAGCUGGAAGCACAAGGACAACAAAACCCACAUCUACAAUAUCUAUGGUAUCACUGAGGUGUCCUGCUGGGCCUGCUGCUACAAAAUACCACAGUCUCUGCUGCAGUCCAGCAACCCACCUUCCAGCAUGGUGUCCUCAGUGCCUCUCGGGGCUCCUCUGAUGGACACGGUGGUGGAAGUCAGAGAUGAACAUGGCUGCGUUGUUACCGAGGGUGAGGGACAGCUGUUCAUAGGUGGAAAGGACAGAGUGUGUCUCCUGGAUGAUGAAGAGGCUGUUACCCCCGGGACAAUGAGAGCUACUGGAGACUGGGUGAAUGUUAAAGACACACAGCUGUUGUACCUGGGACGGAGAGACAGACUGAUAAAACGACACGGAAAACGGGUGAACUUGGACAACUUGCAACAGCUCAUACUGAGUCUGCCUCAGGUGGAGGCGUGCGCUGUGGGUUUGUACGAAGGCUUUCGACUGCUCGCUUUUGUCGUGGCGUCUGCAUCUGGAGACCAGAAAGCAGCUUCUCCUCUCCCAUCUGUACAGGAGCGUGUGGGAAAAUCACACUCGCCUUUCGCUCAGCAUCAAGAAGACCCCCCUUCUCCUGUGAAGCACCACCAGGAAGAGGAGACGAGCGGCAUGGACGGAGGCCUGAGCAGACUGAUUGUGAACCAGCUGUCUCUGCUCCUGCCGUCUUACAGCGUUCCUGACACGCUGGUGCUGGUCCCAGCCUUAUGCCUGACUCCACAUGGCAAAGUGGAUAUGGAGGCACUUAUGAAAAUAUACCAAAGACAGAGACAGUGUUUGGAGUCUUCACAGGGAGAUUUCAGCAAACUAAAGCAAACUCUUCGGUCCUUUUGGCAGAGUACUUUAGGUUUUGCUGAAGAUGUGACCGUUGACGAGGAGUCCAACUUCCUGUUGAGUGGAGGAGAUUCUCUGAAGGCGCUGCACCUCUGUGAAGACAUCCUCACCGCUGUGGGAGUCACCUCUCCAGGGCUUUUGGAGGUCAUACUCGACGGGACCUUUUCUGAUGUCCUGCGCUAUGUUGCCAGGGUGACACUGAUGCCACCGCUUGAGAACAGCACGCCAUCGCUUCUUGAGGCCAAGAAACGGCACGCUGAUGCCCCCUCUGUUUUCUUAGCAAAGAGAGAACGCAAAGAGUCUACAGCAGGAGAGAGGCCGCAGGGGGAGAAACGGGCUGUUAAAGUUAUAGGACGAGGAGGUGAGGUGAUAGAAAUGAAAACCGGCAAUGAAGAGAUGGGUGAAAACCUCCAGCCGAUGCAAGGUGAUGUUCUAGACCUGAGUCUGAGCUGGUCCUCAGAUACAGGCAGAUGUGUGGAUGCCUCCCCAGUGCUUCUAGUCCACAAAAGAACAGAUCAGAGGUCAGAUGUGACCAAAACAACUGUGUUCAUCGGCUCACACUCUCACAGGAUUCAGGCUUUAGACCUGGACACUGGGAGCCUUCUGUGGGAGCGAGUCCUCGGGGACAGAAUCGAGGCGUCAGCUGCUGUGUCUCGCUGCGGGACUCUGGUGGUUAUAGGUUGCUACGAUGGCUGUGUGUAUUUCUUGUGCGCUGCUUCCGGAGAGACACGGUGGAUAUUUGAGACAGGAGAUGCUGUGAAGAGCUGUCCUGCUGUGGAUCAACACACAGGUCUGAUGAUUGUGGGUUCACACGACGGGCACGUUUACGCCCUGAACCCGGAGCUCCAGCAGUGUGUUUGGAAGCAUCACUGUGGCGGCAGGGCUGUGUUCUCCUCCCCCUACCUCCAGCCCUCCCUCAGACAGCUGUAUGUGGCGUCACUGGGAGGUCACCUGCUCUGUCUCAACCCUGACAGUGGAGAGGUCCUGUGGUCUCACUGUAGAGACGUCCCGUUCUUCUCAUCACCAAACAGCUCCUCUGGUCUUGUUGCGAUCGGCUCAGUGGACGGAAACAUCUGCUGCUUCAGUAACAAGGGGGAACUGAUGUGGCAGUAUUUAACAAAGGGACCAGUCUUCUCCUCUCCAUGUGUCACACCAGACCAGCAGAGGCUUCUGUGUGGAUCACAUGACGGUCACCUGUACUGUUUAAACUGUGCCGAUGGCUCUUUAGUUUGGACGUUCGAGACAUCAGGCAAGGUGUACUCCACUCCGUGUGUGUUUGACGGCUCUGCCAUGGGCAGGAGGGGGAUCCUUGUGGGCGUGGCCUCUACAGACGGCACAGUUUGGAUCCUGGAUGGUCAAAAUGGACAAAUGCUGGCCUCACACACUCUACCUGGGGAGCUGUUUUCAUCCCCAGUGGUGUAUGAACAAUCUCUUGUGGUCGGUUGCCGCAACGACUAUGUGUAUUGUUUCAAGCUGACUGUCAAAGAGGAAGCACAGAAGUAUUAAAUGUAUUUUUGCCCUGAUUUUAUAAUAAACACUGAUGACUCAGUA